AUGAGGCUGCUAGAAGGAUCGUUAGUGUUGGAGGUACGUGUAAAGCAAGGAGUAUAUUGGCUGGUACGGAUCGCUUGCAGUUGUCGAGUGGAGCCAAAUCGCGUGGCGGCCCGCGAGGGCAUCGACCCGUGUGCGGCUCAGACGUUGCCGUCACCGCUCGGUGAAACUAUUUCACUGAAAAAUCGCCGGCGCGCCGUAUCAUUGAACGUCAACCUUGACGAUUUGUCGCGUCGUCUGUUCCAAAGCGUGGGUGCCCCCGACCGAACCUAUUCAUAA